CAUUCACGUCACGACUUGUGUUUCCAUGGUAACCGAAACUAAAAAUGUAAAUAAAAAGAAUGUUGUUUAAUUGCUGAAAAAAUAGCUUUAUUUUUGGUCUCAAUACCAUUGUAUUUAUGUAAUUUUUCAAUAUUUUAACCGAAAAAUGACGACAUAUCAAAGGAUUGCUAUAACAAAAAGGUUUAAAGAAACUCAAGUUCCUCAAGAAAAUAUAUGCAAUUUAAUAAUUUCUUCCCCGGUAUCAAAAAAGCGUUCUCCAAGAUAUCAGUCAAAGCACAGUUCUUCCACGAAACAAUUUUAUGCUUCCAAAAAGAAACCUCAUCAAACAAUGGGUUUCAUGAAAACUAAAGUAUACCCAGAGGACUACUUAAAGAAGCACACUCGAGAACAAAUCUUGGCUACUGACAGAAGUAUUUCUCCACACUUGCCCAAAGAGCACAAACGCCCACCUGUGCCAAAAUGUCACGAAGCACCUCUCGUUUUGCGAGAAAAUUGUGCCAAAGAUUUUGUUCAGCUCAACAAAAUAGAUGCUUUGAGAAAACCAGCUGUCAGGCCUGCCCAAAAGAUGGCAGACAAUAGAAAAGGAGAUACUUUUUUUCUUGAAUUUUCUGGAUUAGUACCAAAAUUUUGCAUGAAGAAGGAAUUUGGAAGACAACCAAAGUAUCUCGUGCAAAGAAGGGACGAUCUUGAAUACGCAGGCAAAAUAUGUCAGGAUUCAUUCGCAGAAAAAGAAUUGCUCAAACUAACUGACGAAGAAAAAACUGAUUUGUUAGAGGGAUUGAGAGAUAAUUGGGAAGAGCUAAACAAGCGUUACCUGACAUUACCUUUAAUGAUUGACACUAAAUUGUUAAAAAAUCGAAAGUUGGAUCUUGAAACGAAGCUGGACACGUUGGAGCAUGAUAUAUAUUUUUUGGAGAACUGCGAAAAGAGCGACAUUUAUAUUUUGCCUGAUCAAAACUGAUCAAUUUUGACCAUUUUGAUGUCUAAAUAAGCUAAGAAAAAUAAUCUUUUUUUCCGACUAUUUAUUUGGAAUUUAAGCAAGAAUGAAACAUUCAAUACAGUAACCAUUUAUUUGCUGAGAAACUGAAAUUACAUUGGGAGACACAAAACAUUACACUAAUAAAUAUUUCUGAUCAUUAAAAGUA